AUGGGAGGUGGCGGGUCGGCCCUGAAGGUCUGCGCUGACCACCGGGGCGGCAUCAACUGGCUCAGCCUGAGCCCGGACGGGGAACGUCUGUUGACUGGCAGCGAGGACGGCACGGCCCGGCUCUGGAGCACCGCGGACGGCCAGUGCUGCGCCCUCUUCCAAGGACACGAAAGCUAUGUGACCUUCUGUCAGCUGGAGAGUGAAGCUGCCUUCACGUGCAGCGCUGACCACACCAUCAGGAAGUGGGACGUGCUCACUGGCCAGUGUCUGGCCAUUUACCGAGGACACACAUCCAUUGUGAACAGGAUACUAGUGGCUGACAACCAGCUCUUCAGCAGCUCCUACGACCGGACAGCUCGCUGCUGGAGUGUAGACAAGGGACAGAUGUUACAGGAGUUCCGGGGCCACCACAACUGCGUCCUGACUUUAGCCUAUUCUACCCCCCGGGACCUCCAUGGCAUCCCCUACAAGAAGGAAGAGGAUGUGGCUGGGGGGCUGCUGGUGACAGGCAGUACUGAUGGCACAGCCAAGGUGUGGCAGGUGGCCAGUGGCUGCUGCUACCAGACACUGCGGGGCCACACGGGCGCUGUGCUGUGCCUGGCACUGGACACGCCCAGCCAUACAGCCUUCACAGGCAGCACUGAUGCCACCAUCCGCGCCUGGGACAUCCUGAGUGGGGCGCAGCUGCGGGUGUUCCAGGAGCACCAGGGCUCUGUCAUCUGUCUGGAGCUCGUGAACCGGCAUGUGUACUCAGGAAGCGCUGACAGGACGGUCAAGUGCUGGCUGACAGACACGGGUGAAUGCAUGCACACCUUCAAGGCCCACAGACACAGCGUGAGCGCCCUCAAGUACCACGCAGGCACCUUGUUUACAGGCAGUGGGGACGCCUGUGCCCGCGCCUUCAACACCCAGUCUGGAGUGCUGCAGAGAGUGUUCCGUGGCCACGCCUUCAUUAUCAACUGCAUCCAGGUGCACGAACAGGUGCUGUACACCGCCUCCCAUGACGGCUCGCUGCGCCUCUGGGACUUACGAGGCCUCCACAAGCCUGGCCCACGCCGCACCAUUCCUAAGCGCAGCUGUUCCAAGCGCUUCAACAACAAGGUGGGCUGCACUGCGGAGGAGCCCAGGGCCGGUCCUGAUGUGAGCACAGCCCCUGUGGGUACUUCUCUCCCGCCCAGGCAGCCUCCUACUCGGGAUGACUGGGAAGGAAAAACGAGGCACCUGGAGACUAGAUAA